GUUUUAUUUAUAAGAUAACAAAAUAUGAUAAGUGUCUGAGACAAUCUGAGGAUGAAAUUAAAUAACGAUUAAAUACAUUAAUCAACCGUGAAUCAAUUACGCCUACAAUCAUGGAUGGAAAAUCUAAAAGUUAAAGUCAUUGCGAUAGUUAUACAAGUAUUGAGAUAAUAGAAUGUCUAAGUCAGAAUGAGGUAGCAGAAAUUAGAGAUCUAUUCAGUGAACCAGCAACUCUCUGAGGAAUAAGACGAAGUUUCUUUUGAAAUGCAUUGGAUGCUGAAGAUAGUGUUUUUUGGUAUAUUGUGUACUGGAAAUGUAGUUUUUGGUGCAAAUAUCCUAGUUUUGGAGGGAUUGGCUUCUCCUAGUCAUCAUAUUUUCUUCCGAGUGAUCAAUGAAGCUCUCGCGGCUCGAGGACACAAUGUGACCUCAAUUAGUGCAGAUGUGGAGAUCAAUCCAGUGGCAAAUCUCACUUACCUUCACAACGAAAUGGUUUAUGCUGAACUUUAUAAGGGCUAUGAGGACGUCGAUAAUAUGAAUCUUCUGGAUUUUGGAUACGAUGGAAACCUUGCGACAAUCUUUGAGGUGGAAGAAUACUACCUAAAUACUCUAGCAGGGAUUAAGAAAUCCACAGGAUAUAAGCAACUUUUAGCCUAUCCAGAUGAUUUUAAAUUCGAUUUAGUAAUUUAUGAUUAUAUGGGCUUACCUACAAUUCUGGGAUUCCUACAUAAGUUCAAGAAUCCACCGCUUAUUGGAGUCACGGCAUUUCAUGCAGUUUCUCCAACUAUAAAUCUUGUAGGAUCUUCAUUUAACCCAUCUUACAUUCCUUUCUACUUCGGCAGUGGCUUGAAGGAAACUUUCUUCGGGCGAGUUGAAAAUUUUUUUCUGUGCUUUUUUGAUUACUUUCACAAGUAUUAUGUUGUUUUCCCUAAAAUCUAUUCAGUAGUCAAGGAUGACUUUCCUGGACUGCCAGAUUUAACAGAGCUAGAGCGUCAAACUCGUUUGACUUUAAUUAAUUACAGUCCUGCAAUUCACGAUCUAGAACCAAUGCUCCCGAAUGUUAUCCCAAUUGCAGGAAUGCAUGUGCAGAAGGUUAAAAGUCUCCCUAAGGAAUUUCAGGAAAUUCUAGAUAAUGCAAAAAAUGGAUUAAUUCUGUUCAGUUUGGGGACAAAUGUUAAGAGUUGGAUGCUUGGAGAUGAAAGAAUCCAGAAGUUUAUUGAAGCUUUCCGAAAUUUGCCACAGUACACUAUCCUGUGGAAAUUUGACAAUGAAAAAAUCCCUAAUGUUCCCAGUAAUGUCAUCAUUAAGAGAUGGAUGCCUCAGAAUGAUAUACUUGCUCAUAGAAACACAAAACUCUUUAUAAGUCACUGUGGUCUUCUAAGUUCUUUGGAAUCUACAUGGCAUGGUGUCCCUAUUCUUGGAGUUCCUAUCUUUUUGGAUCAGUUCACUAACUCUGAAACAUUAAUCAAAGCUGGAAUUUCUGAGAGUAUCAACGUAAGGUCCUUCACUUCAGCAGAAGUUACAGAUGUGAUAGUAAAAAUGAUGACUUCUACUAAAUAUCGGAACAAUGCUCGAACGAAAUCUCGUCUUUUUCAAGACCAACCUCAAACUCCACUUGAACGAGGAUUAUGGUGGAUCGAAUUCGUCCUAAGGAAUCCAGAUGUCGGAUUAAUUCGUAGCAAAUCCAUGGAUUUGAAUGUCUUGACACUUCACAAUAUUGACGUGAUAGUAUUUUACGUUAUUAUGAUAUUAAGUAUUCUCUAUCUAAUUAUAAAGAUUGUCCAAUUCCUCUUUGGAGAACGCAAAUUUUCCAGGCAGCUAAAAAAACAAAAACUCAAUUAAAAAAAUCUCUAUAAGUUUAAA